AUGGAGAACUAUUCAGAAACUAUGAUGAAUUUCGCUGUUCAAAUUCCAUCAUUGAAGCCCUCUACUACAAUUGAUCAAGUGACAAGUGAUAAUAGGAGUGUUUUUCAUAAUGAAAGCAACCUUUUUGGAAGAAAUGAAGAUGUAGCCAAGAUAGAGAUAACUGUGCUCAGUAUCACCUUUGCUGUCGCUGUCAUUGGGAACUUGAGUGUUUUAAUGGCUUUAUCCAGGACCAAGAAAAAAAUCUCUAGGAUGGAUCUCUUUAUAAAGCAUCUCAGUUUGGCAGAUCUAAUGGUUGCUUUUUUCCAGGUCCUGCCUCAGCUUUGCUGGGAGGUAACUUUUCGUUUUUCUGGUCCAGAUUUUCUUUGCAGAAUCGUGAAACAUCUCCAGGUUCUGGGUAUGUUUGCCUCUACCUACAUGCUGGUUAUGAUGACUGUGGACCGUUACAUUGCCAUAUGCCACCCGAUGAAGACUCUCCAGGAACCUACCAAAAGAUCGUAUUUGAUGAUAAUCAACACGUGGUUAUGUAGUUUGCUUCUCAGCAUACCUCAGUACUUCAUCUUUUCUUUGAGUGAAGUUGAAACCGGUUCCCACGUCUAUGACUGCUGGGCACACUUUAUAGAGCCAUGGGGUGUUAAGGCAUAUAUCACUUGGAUAACUAUUGGUAUCUUUCUCAUUCCAGCUGUGAUACUAGUGAUCUGCUAUGGUUUUAUCUGCUAUAACAUCUGGAAGAACAUCAAAUACAAAACCCAGAAAAAGCAGGGCGAAACAGCGUCCAAAAACGGACUGAUCACGUCCUGUGUUAGCAGUGUGACAACGAUAUCCAGGGCCAAAAUGCGAACUGUGAAAAUGACUUUUGUCAUUGUUCUGGCGUACAUUGUUUGUUGGGCUCCUUUUUUCAUUGUGCAGAUGUGGUCAGUCUGGGAUCCAACUUUCGUUUGGGAUGACUCAGAAAACACCGCAGUGACACUAUCAGCUCUGUUAGCAAGCCUGAACAGCUGCUGCAAUCCUUGGAUAUACAUGUUCUUCAGUGGGCAUCUCUUGCAAGAUUGUGCACACUGCUUCCCCUCCUGCCAGAAGGUAAAGCUUAAGUUUAAGAAAGAGCGCUCGGGCAGCAGCAUCAGGAGGAACACACUGUUAACGAAGAUCCACAACAGAAGUCCAACCUCUAGCACAGGCACUCGUGGAGAUCAUAACAAUUACUCUAAAUCAUGCAGGUCUGAAUCUGUUUCUCAUUGAUCAUGUGUAUACCAAAUGAGACAAGGAAUGACCAGGCAUUGUACUGCUGGAAGAAUGGUAUUUAACUUGAGGUAAAUAAUAAUAAAAAAUAAAAAUAAAACCUUUUUUUUUUUUUUUAAGAGCUUAAUAUUCCCUUGAAUUUCGGAAUAAUCGUAGCAAGGACAGUACACCGGGAAUUAGAAUACCGAGGUAGGAAAAUAAAGAAUUAUGUACAAAUGCAGAGUGUACCAGCCUUCAGUCUAUAACAUGCUGUCUGAACACAUGUGCUUUCUCAGUAUAACCUGCAUGCAUGAAUCAUAGGAUGGGCCAGGUCCAUGUCACCAUUUGUUUCACAUUAAACUAGAGCUCGUUGUCUCUGCAAAUUGACAGAAACAUCAAAUGAAAUUGUACUUUCACAGCAUUCAUUUUGUAAAGUAUAAAUCUGCUA